AUGGAGUCUACCAAUCAACAGAUAUCAACGCCCAGCAAUUCUUCGAUUCCAGUAGAGUCGCAAGGACUACUCGUGGUGCCAGAGGGGACCAAUAGCACCCCGCAAAUACCACCAACUUCCGAUGUCAACAAGGAUGAUACAAUUAGUGGAAAUGGCGUGCGUCUCGACGUCCCUUCCAAAGACGGCGCGGACGCUCAAUCCCUAUCAUCCUUGCAGAGCGCCCCGCCCUCUGCUUGGAAUUUACAUCGUGCCUCUAGCUUCGUCACUGGCUCCGAGGCCGGACUCAGCGGCGUAUCCAAAGACAAGAGCUCGUCGAACAUGUACCUAGCAGGCCCAAUCGACGGGGAGAACGCCCUGGUGGUUGACGACGCGGAUCGUGAGGAUACCACUACUCCAACCCAGAGAGGCGGCCGACGCUCCAGCAACGUUGGAGGCUCUAUGAUACGACGUAGAUCCUCCAGUGCCAAAAAGGCCCUGGGUUCGGCGAUUGGCUCGAUUAAGCGGCAUAUGGGCUUUGGAAAGCGUGCAUCUCACUCUCCGGAGAAACGAGACCGAAACGAAGUGUCAGUAAAGACGGGAGAACGAUCAGAGUCUCGCUCACCAGAGGGACGAGUCGAGGAAUCUACAAAUUCGCUCAACAAACCAGAAGUGCCAACGGCCUCCUCUUCGCAGCAUUCUGAUACUGGAGGAGCAGAUGGCAUAAAGCGCAGGCCUUCCUUCCGUGAGAGCAUACGCGCCAAACGAGAGAGCUUCCGCCGGUUAGGGCGCAAGACGCCUGCGCCGGAUACUUUUGCAUUUGGCUCUGUAACUCGUUUUCCUCAGAAGCACAGAGACGAAGGGAUGGAGGACGAGGUGGAUCGAGAUGCUUUGCAAGGUGCGAAUGCAUCGACUGCCCUCUUUGCCAGUCCGACGGAUAUUACGGACGACGACCCCGCCGGCGUCCACAAUACGAUAUCCAAUGGUGGAAUUGAUCAGGUAGAGAAGGUUUUGUACCCAGGAAGCCUACGCCCGCCAGUUCGUCACACCGUCAGUGCACCCGCAUCUUCGGGUGCGAGUUCUCUGCACAGUGGCAAGUCAAAGUCGCCGAAGCAUGCUAUGAGCGUCCUCCCAUCAAGCCACGAUGCGCGUCAACUCCGUACCGAUCACGAUCGACCCACCAAGCUGCCCACACCAUCCCUCCUCGCCACCUCUUCACCUCGAUCAAAGUCGCCAGAACUCGAAAAUCUCAAUUCAUUUGCGCAGAAAGCUACAAUCUCAGACCAGUCGGGGCAUAACGAAUCUUUAGAAGCCCUGGAGGUGAUCCAUGACCUGGAAGAUAUGGCUAUUCCCGAUAAAUGGAUCAAUGGCUCUAUUAUGCUCAAAGUCGCCGAUCGAGAGGCCAAACGAAGGGGUGUACGAUUGGACCCGGAGCAAGGCUUACUGCUUUGGGAAGCGAAGAAGGGAGGAAUUAUCAUGGUCCAGAACAUAAAAGAAAUACGUACCGGUCCUGAUACGCGCUUUUACCGCGAGCAGUUCAAGCAACCUGUAGAAUUCGAGGACAGAUGGCUCACCAUCUCUUACCUGGUCGACGGAAAAUACAAGACGCUUCAUCUAGUGGCGCUGACGCAGGACGACUUUCGAUCAUUCUAUAGGGCGCUAGUUCGCCUACGUGCAUUGCGCGCCGCAUUGCUUUCUCUCCCUGCACCCCCAGAGCUCACGAUGCCUGCGGAAAACCCUGAUUUCAAGUUGAUUCCCUCUUCACCAAUAACCCAUAGCGGCCACGAGCACAAACACCAUCAUCUCCCAAGGAUCAGUACCGGAAUUUCGCGCCACCGACGUUCACAUUCCCAACGCUCGUCGAAAUCGCAUGGGAACCAUGGUCCGCAGCGCAAUUUAACUCAAGAGCAGCAGCAGACAUUGUGGGAGCGUCACCAAUGGAAGGCGGCUGACAUGAGCGGCGAUAGACGAUUAGACUUCAAAGAGGUGGAGCGAAUGGCGCACAAGCUCAGUCUCGGCAUAGGACAUGCGGAGUUAAGACGCUUAUUCGACGAGGUGGACGUUUCGGGGAACGGGUCGCUUGAUUUUGAAGAGUUUCGGUUGUUCUGGAAACAGAGGCGGUAUAGAAGAGAACUGGUGCAUCUUUUUAAAAAGCUCAUGAGUGGAGAUGAGCAGCUCCCCGUUGGUCGCAAAGUUGAUGAUGGCGUGGAGGGGCUGACGCGGGAAGUGUUUGCCAAGUUUAUUCGAGAGCAGCAAAAGGAAAAGCGCUCAUCGGAUGACAUAGAAUCAUUAUUCCUGCGUUAUGCCACCGAGGUUAGCCAACCGGAAGCGCAUAAAGGGAAGGCAAGCCAGUCUACGACGCCAUCGACCCCCACCCAUGUCAUUACACUUGAAGGGUUCACCAUGUAUCUCAUGUCAUCCGACAACUCGGCGUUUACGGACCAGCAUUUGGGCGUGUAUCAAGACAUGACACGUCCCCUUCCCGAGUACUACAUCUCUUCCUCACAUAAUACAUAUCUCGUCGGACAUCAACUCAUUGGUGAAAGUACCAUUGAAGGCUAUAUUCGGGUGCUGCUCAACAGCUGUCGAAGUGUCGAAAUCGAUAUUUGGGAUGGAGAUAAAGAGCCAGUCAUUACUCAUGGUGGGACCUUGACGUCCAAAGUUCCUCUUCGCGCGAUCUGCGAGGUGAUUGCGAAGAAUGCCUUUUCGACCUCGUGUUAUCCCGUUAUCAUCUCAGCCGAAGUACAUUGUGGAGUACAACAGCAAGACAAGAUUGCAGAGAUUAUGAAAGAGUGCUUUGGCGACAUGCUUGUCGACCGUAGGCUGGACUCUUCCCCUAUCGAUGAGGCUCUUGAAUCUCUCCCCAGCCCAGAAAUGCUCAAGUAUAAGAUACUCCUCAAGACCAAGAACCCCUUGCUUUCUCGAGCCUCUUCGAACAUGGUGGAUAUCAAGUCCGAUGUUACGGGGGCCAUCGAGACAGAUGGAGGCACAGAAACGGCUAUCACCUCGGAUCCCGAAAGUUAUCCACGAGAACGUGGUGGGUCCUUUUCGAUCAGAAAGGGGCGGAGACGUAGCAGUAUUUCCUUCAAGCCUGUGCCAACCUCAAUGCCUCCCGAAGGUAACGACUAUGUCAUGGUGGGGAGUCCGAAGAACACCAUGCUGGCCCUCCCAGGGUCGCCGCCAGCGGAUCCACCUCCUAAAGUCAAGGGGUUUUCAAUGGCCUUGGCAAGUCUCCUAAUUUAUACAGUCGGUGUCAAGUGUAGAGGGAUCAACAAGAAGGAGACGUACGCCGUCGAGCACAUGUUUUCCCUAUCAGAGAAGAAGGUUGACAAAAUGCUCAAGCAAGGUAGUCUGUACUACUCGGGCGUUACGGAGGAAGAUGGAGAGCAUCCUGCGCACGAUGCAUGGGGGGGGAAUGCUCGAUCUUAUCAAGCACUCUCAGACCCACCUGACCUUGGAUCCAUGAUCAAUCACACGAUGUUCCAGCGGAACGGCAAGUCUGGCUAUGUCCUCAAGCCCGCUUGUCUACGAUGGAAGGAUAAGAAGACUAAAGAUUUGAUCACGGCACGAAAAUCUUACAAUCUUCGUAUCAAAGUGAUAUCGGGACAGCAAAUACCUCGGCCUAGGGACAAGGAUGGACGAGAGAUUGUGGACCGUUCCACGAUGGAUCCCUAUGUCCAAAUUGCCGUUUACGUUCCAGAUUGGCCCGGAGGGUCUGAGAAACAAUUCUCUGUCACGUCAUCCGGUGAUGUCCAGCAAGUGGCAGCGUCUUCUAGCCCUCCGAGGACGACCAAUCCGAUGCGCCGACUGUCGACAGAUGCAACGAUUAUGCCCAAGAGCAGCUAUGUCCUCCAACCUGGCUCAACACCAGCGGAAGUCGUGCGCAAGCAAACCAGCAUUGUCAAAAACAAUGGCUUCAAUCCCAUCUGGGAUGAACAGUUAGACAUGAAGUUUGAAGUCGCUGGAGAUAUGCUCGACCUCGUCUUUAUUCGAUUCUUGGUGCGAGAUGAAGACGACGACGAAGAUGAUCAGCCACUCGCCAUGCAUUGCGCGUCGUUAGGCAGUUUGAAGCAGGGCUAUCGACACCUUCCGUUACACGACCAGCAGAUGUCCCAAUACCUGUUCGCCACACUCUUCGUGCACAUCGACCUCCAAGAACUUAGUCCAUGA